AUGGAAACUGGGGAUCAAAAUUUUAGGAAAAAGGAAAAUAUAAGCGGUUGAUUUAUUGUUAUUAUUAUUUAUUUAUUCUUUUAAGAGGGUUCUACCUUUUUUGGGAGAUUUUUUUGCCUGCUAAUUAAUUAAUUUAAUCGUUGAGCCUUGAUUCCCUCAUUCCACCGGGUUGAUUUGAGAGAAGCCAGCGUUAGGAUUUUUUAACCUCUCAAUAGGCUGUUAUAAAACACCCAGGGAAUAACUUUUAUUUCCUCGCUACAUCACUUGAAUGGCUUAUUUCUUUAUUCUCUUUUAUUAAGAUGAUAGAUUUGCUUGCUGUAUUUCGUUUUCCUCUUCAUUUUAGUAUCUCUUCGCUUUCCCCCCUUUGAACUGGCAAGACCUUAUAGAAUAAGAGCAGUCAAGUAAUAAUAGUAUUUAGAAUUACCUUGGAUAUAGCUACACUUAUAGCCUUUGACUAAAGUAACUACACAUUGAACUGUUGUACUGUAAGCCUGCCAUUACUUUUAACAUUGCUACCCCUACACCACUUAAUUGCUCCAUUUGAGCUCAUGUAAAUUCAGCUCUGUGUACAGUUCUAACCUUUAAUAACGAGGUUGUUUUAGAGCUAAACUCACGUCCAUUCCCAGGUUCAGCCCAAUCUAUUUAGGCUACAAUUAAUCCGUUAAUAACUUACUGUUAUUAUUUACAUUUGUUGCUUUUCUUGCUGCAAGUGGCUUUAGUGUUGGCUACAUCUGCAGUUACAGGCCUGUCGAGGUGCUGCCAUCCUCUGCAUCACUCAUUUUGUUUUUGUCUUAGAUUAGUGGGAAAGUAAGGCAAACCAAGAGGAGAGACAUUCCUGCCUCUUCCUCUUUCUCCCCUCCAAAAAAACUCUCAUCCUCAGUUUUUCUCUUGUUGUGGUCCUCACCCAAACGCAACCAUAAGGUUCCUACCGCAUCCUCCCCCUCCUUCCUCCCUCUCCUUCCGCUCGAGUAUAGCCCGUUUUUUCGGUUUGGUUUGGUCCCGCAAAUUUUCAAAUAUUUACUUCCUGUACAUCAAGAGGAAAGGGGGUCCCCCUUUCAUGGAAUGCGGAAACAUGGGUCUGUUCGACCGCGGAGUCCAGAUGCUGCUGACCACGGUGGGCGCCUUCGCGGCCUUCAGCCUCAUGACCAUCGCGGUCGGCACGGACUACUGGCUGUACUCCCGCGGCGUCUGCAAGACCAAGUCCAUGAGCGAGAACGAGACCAGCAAGAAGAACGAGGAGGUGAUGACCCACUCGGGCCUGUGGAGAACGUGCUGCUUGGAAGGUAACUUCAAAGGGAUGUGUAAACAGAUAGACCAUUUUCCAGAGGAAACAGAUUAUGAAGCAGACCCAUCUGAGUACUUCUUACGUGCAGUACGAGCCUCCAGCAUCUUCCCCAUCCUCAGCGUCAUACUGCUCUUCAUGGGAGGACUGUGUAUAGCUGCCAGUGAGUUCUACAAGUCACGUCACAACAUCAUCCUCAGUGCAGGGAUCUUCUUUGUGUCUGCAGGUCUGAGCAACAUUAUCGGGAUCAUUGUGUACAUAUCAGCCAACGCGGGGGACCCUUCCAAAAGCGACUCGAAGAAAAACAGCUACUCAUAUGGCUGGUCCUUCUACUUUGGUGCCCUCUCUUUUAUCAUGGCUGAGAUGGUGGGCGUCUUGGCUGUGCACAUGUUCAUUGACCGCCAUCGACAGCUGCGAAUAGGGGCACGAGCAGCUGACUACCUCCAAGGCUCAGCCAUAACGCGGAUCCCCAGCUACCGCUAUCGCUACAGGCGCCGUUCGCGCUCUUCUUCCCGCUCCACAGACCCAUCACAUUCCCGCGACACCUCGCCAGUGGGCCUAAAAGGCUUCAGUGCGCUGCCAUCCACAGAGAUCUCCAUGUACACACUCCCCCGGGACACCCUAAAGUCCUCCGGUACACCCACUGCUACCUACAAUUCUGAGAGGGACCACAACUUCCUUCAAGUCCACAACUGCAUCCAAAAGGACCUGAAAGACUCGAGCAACACAGCAAACCGACGCACCACACCUGUAUGAGGGAGCUGACACAAGCCUGGCGAGUCCCGCAGAGAUCAGGAGACACAGGAACCCCUGCGGGUGCGGUACACCCCAGGAGAAGCCAGAUUUCCAUGUUUAUAGACAUUUGUUCUUUUUGUUUGACUGCAUGACUUUUCCAUUGCCAUUGUUGAGAGUUUCAACAAGUCUGCUGAGUUCCUGGACUGAAUGGCAGAAGAGUAAGAAUGGGUCAGGUUGGCCCAAGAGAAUGAGAUCUGUCAUUUUUCUUUUGCGCAGGGUUUGUUUAUGAGGCUCAGGGCACUGAAAGGGAGUUGGGAGAGGUGGCCAUUUCUGAGAUUGAAAAAAAAAUUAAAAAAAUCAACUCCAUGACUUCAUUGCCCUUUGGUUUGACAGUUUUGUCCCACAAGUUUGGUUGGAGCAACAGGUCAAGCUCCCCGUCAGCCAGCCCUCCACUCAGAUAUACACCUCUUUUAUUUAUUGACUCAUUUGUUCUUUUUUUUUUUUUUUUUUUUGCAUUAAAACUGUGAAUUGUUACAGUUUGGGAUUUAGUAUGAAUUACCCCAAUCUGUAAUCUCUAACAAAGGUACUAUAUAUAUAUAUAUAUAU